AUGCUACAGCAGUGGGGAACAAGUAAAAAAGAUAAAACUGUGUUGCCUAAACCUGUUGUCAAUUUUGAUGUGAUACUACCUGGACCUGAUAGUACAGCUAGUAGACUUUCUCCUAGACUCUCACCUGCUGGUAGUAGAUCCAGACGCAUGAUGCAAGCUCAAUAUAGUGGAGAAAUCAAAGUGGAUCAUCCCAAUCAAUUCUCUCAGCCACCACAACCAGGACAAAUGGCCGUACCUUAUUAUACGCCUUCCCGUCAUGCUGGAAGACCAGUACCUCAGAAAGAUUCUCAUGAAAGGAAUGUUCCAAUAACUGUGUUAUCACCACAACAAAAUAGAAACAGAAGUUAUAGUGAAAGUGACCCCUAUGGAUUUAAUAUUGGACAAGUUUUAGAGCCUGAACGUCAACCUUGGCGUGCUGGUCCAUCUGAACCACCUAAGCCAAAUUAUGGUUCAGCUGGAUCUUAUGCAACAUUACCAGUGAAACGAGCAGCCAAACAACAGCCAGUAGUUAAAAAAGCUAGUGACACUAAUGCAAUUCAACAUAAUGAUCAACGCUAUGAUUUUAAUAUGUAUUCCACAUUACCUACAAUUAAACCUUUAAAAUCAACUCAAAAAAUAGACACAAGUGAUAGUUAUAAACAAAAUCAAAGCUUUGAUUAUUCUCAGCCAUUAUGGACCAAUCAGGAAACACCAAGAGUUUCAUCCUCUUUUCCAAAAUCUCAACAAGGUGCGUUUGGUGACAGUACACCCUCAGCUAGUUCAACUUUAACCAGUUCAGAUUCUCAUGAUACAAUCGUUAGUGGUACUAGUUCUAAAGACUUUCGUAAACCCAUCAAUGUUAUACAUGAAGAAAUGAAACCUAUACAAGUUGUCCAUGAAGAGAGGGCUCCAAGUAAACCUAUAAAAUAUACUUAUCAAGAUUUUAUGAAACCUCAAAGAGCCGUUCGUGAAGACUUCAAACAAGAGCCUCAAGAAGAAUUUAUUAAACCUCAGAAAGUUGUAAGAGAAGAAUCUAAACCUCGAGCUAGACAACCUAUACAACCAUCUGGACCUGCUGAGGUUCAAGAAGAAAUGAUUGUUCCUCAGAAGAAAGAGGAUGUUCAGAUGUAUAAAAGAGCUCCCGAUUUUGGCAGUUUACCAAAGACUAAAUCACCCAAUCAAAAGAAAGAUAUUGGAACAUUUCACACUCUUCCAUCCAAAUCAUCUUCUUCACCUUCAGCUAAACCAACAGCACCUGUAGUUAAUGGUAAUGUUACUAGUCAUCAUACAUUAGGUCCCUUAUCACCAACAUCAUCUAAACAAGGAGUGUGGUCACCUGGAACAAAACCAUCAACUUUUGUCAAGGCAGCACCAGAAAUAAGUCCUAGACCAGUCCAACCAGAACCAUCAUUUAAUGUGAAGCCUGUUUGGACACCUGGUGGUAGUCCGUCUGGUGCUAGAAAAGAAUUUAAACCAGUUAAAUUAAAUACCAAUGUUAGUUAUAAACCUGUAGAAAAGCCUAAACCAAAACCAAAAGUAAUUUCCCCGUCAGUAAGACCAGAUGACGGUUUUUCUUGGCAACCUCCAGACAGUCCUAGCAGUAGAGAUCCAACUAAAUUACCAACUAGUGCAGUUCAGUACCAAUUAGCUAGCUCUAAAUUAGAAUCAUUAUUACCAGAAGCUAUAGAAAAUGCACCUCCUAUGAAUGGUCUAGAUACAUCUUUUGAUUCUACUAAGGAUGACCUCCAUUUACCACAGACACAGAGUCCUUAUAUAACUUUAUUACAGAAGAGUAGAGAAAUAGAACAACUGAGUGAUAUAUCUAACAUAAAACAACCAGUUAUGGUUAUGGAUGAAGGCCAGUUCCCUAAAGGUGCUAAAUAUAUUGGUAAAGUGGAAAGAGUAGAGGGUGAUCAGAAACAUACAGAUACCUACUAUACUACUAAAACUGUAGAAGAAGAAGCCUCUAGUAAAGUUAUUGAACAAAAACCAAAAAUAUUUGAUGGAAUUGGUCCUGUAGAUCAGGAAGGCGUUCCAUUAGCAUUUAGGAAAAAUAUAGAUGAAAAGAAUCAACAUGCAUGGUACAGACAGAUGUAUAAAAAUUUGCAUAAAACAGAGAAAAAAGAUGAAUUAUUGGGAAUUAAUGACAUCAUAGAUUCUAUUUUCGAGGAUGCAGAAGACAAUGAUUAUACACCAACAUAUAGAUUUCCAGAAGAAAUAUCAGAUACAAGAUCAGAAGAAGAAGUGAAUCCAUACAGACCGAGCUAUGAAAUACCAUCACGAUUUAUUGAUGAUGCUGGCUAUAGAUCAGAACCAGAGGGUAAAUCAAAGAAUUUGUUUAAAAAUAGAAGUAAAAGCACCUCUUCAGAUGAGAGCAGAAGAUUAUAUAACUAUCCUCCACCUAAUGUUCAGUCUAAAAUUGAAGUGUAUAGAAAUCAGCCAAGAAGUAUCAUGGAAUAUGAACCAGGAUUCUCUUCUUUGGCCUUCCAGGAAGCUAAAACGAAAUCUCCGGAGGUGAGGCAACGUUCACAUUCUGUACAUUCAACGCCACCCAGAAAAUUUAAGGUACAUAAUCCACCAGCAGAUAAACCAGGCCAAUUCAGUAAUUAG